AUGCUUUUCUUCAAAUUAGCCAUUGCUGCUAUCCUAGCUGUCACAAUCUCUGCCAUCCCCAACCAAAAGGAUGUAGCUGCCACUGAUUCGCUCAUGCAAAGACGAUCUACGACAAACCCAGUAUUUGAAAAGAAACCGUCUGGCGGAGAUAAAUGCACGACCUGUGACAGCUCUGAAUGCUUGUCCAUUUCAUCAGGAUGUAUAGACUUGGGCUGUUGUCAUCCCCGAAAUGGUGUGCCAUGA